CCAGGAUUCGUUUGGGAUGUGCUUCUGAAAGAACAACUGAGAAUCCAUUACACAGUUAGUUUUGGGAAAACCCUCCUCCUCAUGUAUUUUGAAAAGUAAUUGAAUUACCAUAGAAGUUCAGCAUGGGAGGAGCUGUGAGUGCUGGAGAAGACAACGAUGACUUAAUUGAUAACUUGAAAGAAGCUCAGUACAUCCGCACCGAGAGCGUGGAGCAAGCCUUCAGAGCAAUUGAUCGUGGUGAUUAUUAUCUGGAAGGAUACAGGGACAAUGCUUACAAAGACUUGGCCUGGAAGCAUGGAAAUAUACACUUGUCAGCACCUUGCAUUUAUUCUGAAGUCAUGGAAGCACUGAAGCUUCAGCCUGGAUUAUCUUUUCUGAAUCUGGGUAGUGGAACCGGAUACUUGAGUACAAUGGUGGGAUUAAUAUUAGGACCUUUUGGGAUAAAUCAUGGAAUAGAGCUUCAUUCAGAUGUGGUAGAAUAUGCCAAGGAAAAAUUGGAGAGCUUCAUAAAAUAUAGUGAUAGCUUUGAUAAAUUUGAGUUCUGUGAACCUGCCUUCGUGGUUGGUAAUUGUUUGGAAAUAGCCUCAGACAGUCACCAGUAUGACCGGAUUUACUGUGGAGCUGGAGUCCAGAAAGACCAUGAAAACUACAUGAAGAUUUUAUUGAAAGUUGGAGGCAUUUUAGUAAUGCCUAUAGAAGAUCAGCUCACACAGAUCCUGAGAACAGGACAGAACACGUGGGAAAGUAAAAACAUCCUUGCUGUUUCGUUUGCACCACUAGUCCAGCCGAACAGGAACGACAGCGGCAAGCACGACGCCGUGGGACUGCCUCCAUGUGCUGUUAGGAAUCUUCAGGACCUAGCUCGGAUCUAUAUCAGACGCACGCUUAGAAACUUCAUAAAUGAGGAGAUGAAAGCCAAGGGCAUUGCUCAGAAGGCUCCUCCAAAACGGAAACGCAGGAGAUGUCGUAGACGCAGGAUCAACACCUACGUGUUUGUUGGUAAUCGGCUUAUUCCUCAGCCUCUAGAUAGUGAAGAAGAUGAAAGAAUAGAAGAUGACAACAAAGAGGAGGAAGAUAAAGAUCACAGUGAGGUCUUGAAGCCAGAAGAGCCUCCUCGAAAUCUGCUGAGGGAGAAAAUUAUGAGUCUACCAUUACCUGAAUCUUUAAAAGCAUACUUGACCUAUUACAGAGAGAAAUAACUUGUCCUAAGUAGAAAUAAUGCCUACUGAUAAUUCCUUUAUUCUUGAAAAUGUAGCAUUUAUUAAGAAGUAGGUGGACAAAUGAUUAUUAGUCUUUCAUCGAGACUGAAGUGCGGCGAUAAAUCGUAACUUGUCUCUAUCUUGUCUUUGCUACAAGGAAGACUUGCAUUCAACAGUAGAAUCCCUUUUUAAAAAUCUAUUUUUCUUUAAAUUUUGAAAAUGCUGUUUUAACUCUGAUAGAAGUAUAUAUUCCAUUAUGCAGCACUAAUCGAUAUUUUGCAUGGUAAGUCUUUUUUGAUCCCUAACAGAUUUGUAUUGAUAAAAGGAUGAGUAAAAUUUUAUAUAUGCUAAAUACUCGUUAAACAUGUGCAUCUGACUUGAUGAGUAAUUGGUCUGUAUUUAUUAUUAUUAUUAUUAGGGGAACAUUUUAAACCUGCAGACACUUAUCCUCUAAUGUCAGAAUAGGACCCUUUGAAAGUUUCUUUGACUAUGGCUUUGUUGCAAUCAUUAUUACUAUGUUGGUAUAGCUGUAUUCCAACAACACAAGUGCAAUAAUGUAUACAGACACUGAAUGAGCUGGCGUUAAUGAAACAUGAAGACACAAGUUUGGACAUGUCACAUGACCCUGCUACUUCUGCUUUACAUGUUUUGCCAAAAGAUCUUGAGAAAAGUAACAGCUUCUCUCGGAGCCUUAAAGAAACAUUUUGAAUAAGGAGCCAAGCAAUGCUUGCUUCAGCUCUGCUCGCAUUGAACCCAUUCUACAGGUGCAGUAUUUCUAACUAAAGGCGCUUCCUCAUUUGUGGGAAGUUUAGGACAGGACAAUUUGCUUGUUUCUACAGCUCACAGCAUUAAGUCAAAAUGUUUGGUAGUACAAGACUGUAAUUUAGGUUUCUGUCAUCUAUAUUUACUGCUUUUAGGUAGACGUAGAAUUUCAACAAAGUUUAGUUUGUCAUGCUUAUUGGGAUAGCUAUACUAGUAGUUAGAAUUUAGUUAAAAUUUGUUCAGCUUUUUCAGCAAAUGCCCUUUAGGGAGUGAAUUUUUUCCUUAACAUGCAUCUCCAAGAAGGAAGACUUGUGCUAGCCUAUACUUUG